UUGAAUCACUUAAAAUGGACACAAGAGCAAGGGCUACGCGCGUAGCAAAAGACCUAUGGGGCUUCGAGAGUCUCCGUGAAGCCCAGCUUACCGCAAUUACGGCAGUUUCUGAAGGGAAAGACACAUUUGUAGGCCUUGCUACCGGACAGGGCAAGUCUAUUUGCUAUCAGAUACUGCCGAGUAUUUCUACCAGCCCGACGGUCGUCCUCGUCAUUUCUCCGCUCCACGCACUUGUUGCUGAUCAGAUACACCGAUAUGAGAGCGUCACCGGGUACAAGGGACUGCACCUGAAAAAUGCUGGAGACAUUCAACAGUACAUGGAUGGACCAGAUGGCAGUGUUCGAAUUGUUUUCAUGGCCCCAGAACAGGCAGUGUCACCACAGGGACGGAAACUGCUGCAAACACCUCCACUGCCUAUACAAGUUGUUGCAGUAGACGAAGCACAUUGUAUACCUGAAUGGGGAGAUGACUUCAGAAAAACAUUUAAGAAGAUCGGUAGCUUGCGGGCCCUCCUAAGCAAGGUGCCAUUCAUGGCCCUUACUGCCACAGCCACCCCUGAUGUCUGCAGGAGUGUGAUGGAUGCCCUGCACAUGGAGAAUCCAGUCAUGGUGAAAGGCAGUCUGGAUCGACCCAACAUCUUUCUCCUGAGGAAGAAGAUCAAGAGCACAAAGGAAGACUUCCAGCCACUUGUGGACCACAUCAUGGCAGCAGAGACAGUGCAAGACAUCAAGAAGCACAUUGUGUAUGCCACAACAAAAAACACCUGUAUGGAGCUCUGGGAGGAGCUGACUAGGAGGUGUCCAGCGAACAUAAAAAAAGCAGUGAGGGUGUUCCACGCCGACAUCUCCCGACAGGCCAAAAAAGAAGUCAUGGAAGCCUUCAGAGAUGGGUCCGUGAGAAUUGUCGUGGCGUCAAUUGCUUUUGGAAUGGGCAUCGACAUACCAGACAUAGAUGGAGUGGUUAUCUACCACGUGCCUGCCACCAUUGGACAGUUGUACCAGGAAAUUGGAAGAGCGGGAAGAGCUGGACAACAAGCAAGUGCUGUGAUUUUUUACGGAAAGGGAGAUGUCAACAAGGCUCCGGAGGAUCUAAAAGCGUUCUUGCUGACGGAUGGCUGUCUGCGAGAGGAGCUACUGAAACACCUGGGGCAGGACAUGGAGGAACAACCAGACAAGUGCUGCAGUGUCGGUGACAGUAAUGGUGACGACGGUGAUCAGGAAACAUGCUUCUUUCUGCAUCAGACUGAGAGUAGAGCUGUCCACCAGCCCAGUGAGUACAGGAAAAGAAGGGCAGACUCGAAAAAGGAGAAGGAGCUGAAGGAGGCCAUAUUGGAACUACGUGACACAUGGUACUGCGAGAGACCGGAGUUGCUCCUGUUUGGACCUGACAUUGUAAUGGCUGAUGAAACAGUGGACAAAGUUGUCACCAAGUGUAGGUCGAUUCAUCGUGUGGAAGACUUAGAAAAGAUAAGUGGCAUGCCUGCAGACAAGACUGAAGAAAUUCUUCAGGCAAUAAACAGCCUUUUCCCGGAACAGAGAAGAAAGAUUAGAGCAAGAAGACGCCGCCAUGUUUUGGGUGAUAUUGGCAACAUAGUUAGGUAAUACCCACCUCUAAUCAUUCAUCAAUCAG